CUCCGUGUGAUCAUUUCACGCUCCCUCAAAGGCCUUUCCACCUAAAGAGUUUAGUCUCAGAUCACUGCGCUGUGUGCUGCGUCGCCGUAGGGAGCGGAAGGAACGCAUUAUUUCACCCCUUAACAACUCGCAAAAAAGUACUGUUGCGAGAGGGGAAAAAAGAGAGAAAGAAAAAAGUGUGUGAAGAGGGAGAGAGGGGAAAGAGAAGAGCUAAAGAAAAGUUAUUGUUCUUCUUUUGUUUUGUUUCUGUAUCCAUCUCUUCCCCCGCCCAGCUACAAGCGCCAGGGAACAGAAUGGAAGUAGCAGCCGUGGGACAUGCGUUGAGGCCGGGGAGAGCAGGACAUGGAGGGGUGAACCAGUUAGGGGGAGUGUUUGUGAACGGCAGGCCCCUCCCCGAUGUGGUACGACAGCGAAUCGUAGAGCUGGCUCACCAAGGGGUCCGCCCCUGCGACAUCUCCCGGCAGCUCCGCGUCAGCCAUGGAUGUGUCAGCAAGAUACUGGGCCGGUACUAUGAGACUGGAAGCAUUCGUCCGGGUGUGAUUGGAGGAUCCAAACCAAAGGUUGCUACGCCCAAAGUGGUCGACAAGAUCGCAGACUACAAACGCCAAAACCCCACCAUGUUCGCCUGGGAGAUCCGAGAUCGGCUAUUGGCCGAGAGAGUGUGUGACAACGACAGUGUUCCCAGUGUCAGUUCUAUCAACAGGUGUUGUGUGUUCUCCUAUAGGAUCAUCAGGACUAAAGUCCAGCAGCCUUCAGGUCAGUCAGGACCCCUCUCUGCUCAUAACCUAGCCUCGUCUGUGGCGUCAACGCAGGUGUCAGCAGUGACCAGUGACUCGGCUGGCUCCUCCUACUCUAUCAGUGGCAUUCUGGGAAUCAGCUCAGCCGGUGACGGGAAAAGGAAGAGGGAGGACGCCUUGCAGGAGUCUCCUCUAGCCAAUGGGCAUGGUCCAGGUGGGCGGGACUUCCUGAGGAAGCAGAUGAGAGGGGAGCUGUUCUCACAACAGCAGAUCGAGGUAUUGGACCUUCUGUUUGACAGACAGCCCUCCUGCCCAAUCCCUGCCCUGUAUUUCACCCCUGGCCCUGCCCCUGACAAGACAUCAGAAUAUUCAGCCAUGGCAUCACUAGCCGGUGGACUGGAGGAGAUGAAGAGCAGUCUGGCCAAUCCCGGGUCAGGGGCGGAGCUAGGUGCCAGUGUUCCAGGUCCACAGUCCUAUCCGCUAGUGUCAGGUCGGGACUUGUCCAGCACCACGUUACCGGGCUACCCCCCCCACGUCCCCCCCACCGGCCAGGGCAGCUACUCCACCGCCUCCCUGACCGGCAUGGUGCCUGGAGGAGAUUUUUCCGGAAGCCCAUAUUCCCACCCUCAAUACUCCACAUAUAACGAGUCCUGGAGAUUUUCCAACCCCAGCUUGUUAGUGUUUCAACAGGACUACGGGUCGCUCCUGGGGUCAGAGAUCGGCUGUUCCUCUGGUCUCUUCAGCACCAGUCAGGCCGGGCAGAUGCAAGGGUCCCCAUACUAUUACAGUGCAGCAUCGCGAGGGGCGGGACCAGCUGCUACGGCAACAGCCUCCGCCUACGAUCGCCACUGACCCCACCCCUACUAGGAAGUGGAGGUUGGUGGAGAAGAGGAUGAGAGACAGCACCAGCACCGUCCCAUAAGAGAACGCCUAAAGAAUGCAGAGAGGAGGGAGGAAGACCACUUCGUACACCAACAUGCUUUUGAUUGACACUCUAGCCGUCCAAUCCCUGCUGAGUUGAGACAGAGAAAGUGCUAUUACACCAGUUAUUAGCUCUUAUUACCACCUGUCAGGACAUGGGACAGGAAUAGCAAUCCAAGGUCAGUCUGGACAUUUGAGCAUCCAUGACCACCAUGAGUCAGGUUAUGAAUUGUUAUUACCAGGGUUUGAGUUACUGGGGAUGUUAUGAACUGUUAUUACCAGGGUUUGAGUUACUGGGGAUGUUAUGAGGAACCAGGGGAGUCCUGAAUCAGAACCAAACGCCACAGAAUUAAAAAUAAUCUAACUGAAGUUGUCAAAUAGAAACGUAUGUUGCCAUUGCACAUUUUUUUUACUACAAUGUGCACCUAAUGAACAUACUUAUGGGUCGUUGUACUGAGGUCUGUUGCUCUGCUGGUUGGGAUUCUGGUCCUUUAAUCAGGGGACAGCCAGCAGCCCUGGGUUGUGUUCAUUCGGUCAAACAAACUUUUUUGGAUGCAAAACGUUUGGUCAAACAGCGUUCCUAUUGGACAAAUUCACUCCACGCACAAAAAAUUAUUUGAGCAAUGAGUCUGGAUCUGACUCCCUGCCCUGACUAGUUCUAGAAUGCCAACAGAUUUUAACUGUUCUGAUUGGUCCCAGAAACUGAGAGGUGGGGCUAAGCCCAAACGACACAUGGGCCUUGAUUCUCUGAUUGGUUGGAGAUUAUUCAAUCACUAAACGUUGUUAUGAACCACACCCCUCGUUUUGAUGUCACCAAAAAUUAUACACCAGAAUGUUGGUAAGAGGAAGAAUUAUUUACUUGACAUUUAGAAAGAUGCAGUUUCAUGAACCCCUCGUGGAAAGAGGAUGUAUACCAAAUGGCUCUGUAGAACCUACCUGGAGCUGCGGUGAGACCACGAGCAGCUCCAGUGGUGGCGGUGUUAGCGUUUUGAUUUCAUUCACAGGAAGCGUCUCCCAUUCUACACGGAGCGUGGAGAUCUUUAUACUGGUGAAGAAUCUUAUCCCUCAACCCAUGUUGACCCAGAGUGUUUGACCAAUUACUGAAGACUUUAGUUCUGGGUUAACAGAUUCAUUUGUCACUGCCUCCCAAUAUCCAAAACUGACUUUCUAUUCAGCAUAUUACUUUAAUGUGCAAGACUCGUCCACUUCCCCAAAGCUCCGUCUCCAGUGACCAACUCUUUGCGAGGAAAUAGUGAACAAUCUUCAAUGAACAGGCAGAAAGUGGUAUUCGAACGAGGGAAGGGAGGUCUUCAGAGUCUCUGGUGAACGAACACUGAAGUUUAUGAAAGGAGAGAGAGACAAAGUAAAAUAUGUAAACCCCACUUCAGUGCACUGAAAUAAGACUAUUGCUGUGGUCUUACUAGUUAUAGAGGGGUUGAUAUACGUUGCUAGGCCCUUCCUGAAUAUGCUAAGAAGUAACCAGGAAGUAGUGGUGGUUUCCACACCCAUCCAUCACUCUCUCUCUCUAUCUCUCUCUCUCUAAACUCCCCAAAGCAAGUAGAGCUCCCCAGUGGUGGGGCUGACUGACUAAAAGAAGCACAAUGUGACCCAAUCACCUUUUCAGAUGCCAUUUUGACUUCUUCUCUGAGUGUAAUGCGCUGUGACAAUGCAUGAGCCAAGGCCAGGCCUUACCCCCACGCGGGGACCGUCUGGACGAGCCGCUCGCUGGUCCUGGGUCAGUUAUCUCCCCCAGUCAAGGACAGGAUCCAGGAGAUUAAACUGGUCCUGGGUCAGUUAUCUCCCCCAGUCAAGGACAGGAUCCAGGAGAUUAAACUGGUCCCAGGUCAGUUAUCUCCCCCAGACAAGGACAGGAUCUGGGAGGUUAAACUGGUUCUGGGUCAAUUAUCUCCCUCAGUCAAGGACAGGAUCUGGGAGGUUAAACUGGUUCUGGGUCAGUUAUCUCCCCCAGUCAAGGACAGGAUCCGGGAGGUUAAACUGGUCCCGGGUCAGUUAUCUCCCCCAGUUAAGGACAGGAUCCGGGAGGUUAAACUGGUCUUGGAUCUGUGGUUAGGAGCUGUUUCCACACCUGGUGGAUUCCUGUGGUCCUGGCGUGUGUAUGGGAGUUGUACAGUUCACAAAAGAACGAGACAUCUUGAUGUCGACUUCAAGUAUUCAUAAUAUUUAAAAUUUAGAUUUUAGUUAAAAAAAAACGUGAAAGGUACGGUGUUGUUUUUCUCGUUGGUCUGAGAGUGACAUUUGUUAUUGAUUUGGAUUCUUUCUCUGUGUGUGUGUGUGUGCGCGUGCGUGCGUGCGUGUGUGUAUGCGUGACUGUAGCGUGUUGUCGCUACCAUGUAGUAGUACUUGCCAGGUUGAAAGGAACCAAACAGAACAUAUAAAUGACAUAACAUAUACUGUAUCUAUGGGAACCACGGAACAAAGCUGUGUGUUUAUAAUCUCUGUUGUAAAAUAGUGAUAGAAAAUGAUGCUUGACUAACCUUUAGACAUGUUGACCUUAUUAAAAAGUUGUGCAUAUGCAACUCUAAAGAACACCCCUGCUACUCUUCUUCACCCAGCCUCUAUAUAUGGGCCUGCCUGAGGAAUUAGAGUUUCUAGAACCGAAAUUGCAGAACAUCAAGAACUGGCGGUUCUAGAAUCAGUAGAAGGGUGUAGGUGGUGAUUGUUGUGAACCUUACGGUGGCCUGCUGUGCUCCGGUGGAACCCGUCCUUAUUGUUCUCUCUCCUGAUUCUGAGGCAUUAGAACCUGAAACACACCAGCCAAAACAAGGUGCCUUUAGUUUUAUACCGGAACCCCCCCCCCGACUCUGUGUCACUAAAACAAGUCCAACAACCCAGAGUCUGGUGUCAGCGCCAGUGAGCCACAAAGACCCAAAAUGGAUACCUUUGUUGGAGCCUAAAUGGAGCAAAACCAUCCCAACAAACACUCCAUUUCCACACACCCAUGAUCUCUGAGCUGGGGUCAAAAAGUCACCAUGACACAAUCCCAUUGGAUGAUAAACAGGAAGUGAGUUAUAUAUUAUAUUUUGGGAUGUAUUUUAGGAUACAAAUGAAAAAUAUAAAAACAAUUGUCAAAUGAUGUAUUCUUUUGGCAUUGUUUUAAGUCAUUUUAAUGUAUAACAUAUUUGUAAAUGUAUUUGGAAGACAUUUGAAAUGGACAUAUUAUUUGGCCAUUUUUGUAAAGUCAUGUAUUUGUUUGUUUUACACGUUUCUCAUGUAUUUUCUUUCUGUUUUGGGAGAAUUUUAGAGAACAAUUUGCUUAACAACGGCAAGAGAAAAACUCUACUUAAUGAAGCAGUGAAACCCCCAAACAGAGACAGGCUCUCAUAUUGUUCACUGUAUCAUCAAAACACUGCCCUUUGAAUGACUAAAAAUAAUCUCUUCAAUCAGAUACAUUUUUACUACUGAACUACUGAACUGAAUCUAUUUAGUUUCAGAUAAUUGUUCCCUUUCAAGUAUUGAACAGGAUGCCAGUGUUUCACUGUAACCUUUCUUUUUUCUUUCUUUCUCUUUUCUCUGUAUUUCAAACACAGACACAGUCACAUAAACAUGUACACACAGAGAGACAGAGACAUACACACACACACACACACACACACACACACACAGAGAUGGAAACCCACACCACUAGUGUCAAUUUGACUGUUAGAGAGAUUUUCCCCUUGAGGAAGCGAAUACAACUACUGUAUCAUUUGUACAGCAACAGGCCAACUGUCUGUCUGACUAUGUGUCUGUCUGUCUACUGUAUCAUUUGUACAGCCACAGGCCAACUGUCUGUCUGUCUAUGUGUCUGUCUGUGUUUUUUGUGUCCCAGCUACUCCUCAGGAUGACACUGGUCUUCAGUUGACAUUAAACCUUAUGGGAAGAUUUCCUGGACACAGUUGUGUGAUCCUCACUGAGCUUUAUGUUUUAAUCUUACAGUCUGUGUAGCAAAGUCUGCCCUGAAUUCCUUGGUUAAUAUUAGUGACACAGUGACUGUAGCUGACUGUUCAUAGUGACACAGUGACAGUAGCUGACUCUUCAUAGUGACACAGUGACAGUAGCUAACUGUUCAUAUUGACACAGUGACAGUAGCUAACUGUUCAUAUUGACACAGUGACAGUAGCUGACUGUUCAUAUUGACACAGUGACAGUAGCUGACUGUUCAUAGUGACACAGUGACAGUAGCUGACUGUUCAUAGUGACACAGUGACAGUAGCUGACUGUUCAUAGUGACACAGUGACAGUAGCUGACUGUUCAUAGUGACACAGUGACAGUAGCUGACUGUUCAUAUUGACACAGUGACAGUAGCUGACUGUUCAUAGUGACACAGUGACAGUAGCUGACUGUUCAUAGUGACACAGUGACAGUAGCUGACUGUUCAUAGUGACACAGUGAC